GCUCACCAUCUGGCCGCCUCUCAUCCCUCUCACAGCCUCGUGCAUCCCUCGUCCGCUCGCCUCACUCUCUUCCUCGGCAGCUCUGCACGUCGGCUGCGCACGCCCGCUGACCCGCCCGCCAUGCCGGCCGAGUUCGACGAUGUCCUCACCAACCAGCCCGUCGUGCUCGACGCCGGCUCGGGCAGCAUCAAGGCCGGCUUUGCGGGCAAGGAUGUGCCCAGCUGUCUCUUCCCCAACUACGUCGGGCGCGUCAAGCACCAGCGCGCCAUGCCCGGCGCACUCGAGGGCAACAACUUCGUCGGGCAGAAGGCCCAGAGCCUGCGCGGCCUGCUGCGCAUCAAGUACCCCAUGGAGCACGGCAUCGUCACCGACUGGAACGACAUGGAGCUCAUCUACAACCACGUCUACAGCGAGCUCAACACGCACUCCGAGGAGCAUCCCGUGCUCCUCACAGAGGCGCCACUCAAUCCCGUCGCCAAUCGGAGACAAGCCGCGCAGCUCUUCUUCGAGACGUACAACGUGCCCGCGCUCUACACCAGCAUCCAGGCCGUGCUAAGCUUGUACUCUUCAGGGCGGACCACGGGCAUCGUGCUGGACUCGGGCGACGGCGUGACGCACGCCGUGCCAGUGUUCGAAGGCUUCUCCAUGCCCAGUGCGAUCCGGCGCAUCGACCUGGCGGGGCGCGACGUGACCGAGGAGCUGCAGCUGCAGCUGCGGCGUGCUGGGUGCAAUCUGCACACGAGCGCCGAGAAGGAGAUUGUGCGACUCAUCAAGGAGAAGUGCUGCUACGUCUCCAAGGACCCGGCGAAGGAUGAGAAGGAGGCGCGCGACACGGAGGACUUCGUGCUGCCAGACGGGCAGGUGCUCAAGCUCGGCACGGAGCGCUUCCGCGCCCCAGAGAUCCUCUUCCAGCCAGAGCGCGUCGGGCUGGAGUAUCCAGGCGUGCACCAGGUCAUCUUCGAGUCGAUCAACCGCACCGACCUCGACCUGCGAAAAAGCCUCUUUGCCAACAUCGUGCUCAGCGGCGGCACGACGCUGACUCGCGGCUUCGGCGACCGAUUACUGGCCGAGAUGAAGAAGACGGCCAUCCGCGACACGAAGAUCAAGAUCUACGCGCCGCCAGAACGCAAGUACGCGACCUGGAUCGGCGGCUCUAUCCUUGCCAGCCUGACGACGUUCAAGAAGAUGUGGGUGUCGGCAGAGGAAUACCAGGAGGACCCGGGGAUCAUCGAGCGGAAGACCUUCUGAGCAUGCUGUGUGGCCUCGCCGUGCGGCUGCGGCGCGCACAGCGCAAUCACAUUAUGAUACCACGCAGAGCGCACGUGAGAAGCGCAUUGGAGGGCAAGAGACAGGUCGAGACAAGAGAAGUGGGCACGAGGCGACGUGACUAGGUGAUAGAGGGAUAGGAAGCCCGAUGGGCAGCGAAG